AUUAAUUUUUUACUGGCGGCAUCUAGCGGUCAGUGGUCAUCUUAUAAUAAUUUACUGCUUAUGCUGUGGUGGCGCCAUCUAUUGCACGUCGCUUUCCUCUUAGUAUCUUCUAUGUACACAAUAAGCAUUUUAAAGUAUGUUGUGAGAUCAAGAGCAAGUUGCUUUCAAUUUCUUUCAGUGAAUUCGCGACUCUACAAAGGCAAGUGAAACUGACAGAGCUGCGCUCAGAGGCAAUCGAACCGCCCAACUAGUAGCACGCCCCAAAAUGUGGCACAGCAGGUGGCACAAAUUCGUCAACGACUUGGGAGUGUUAAGUGUUUUCUUGUUGCUCUUCAAAGUUGGCAGCGCGCCAGCCACCAGUGACAGCUCCAGUCUCAACUAUAACAACUACAAUGGGAGCAUCAAACAGUUGCGUUUCCAUGACUUUGAGCCGCGACAACAACUGACGCGACUGGUCAAAGAAGGGAAAGAAGCUGCUGGUGAGCAGGAAGCUGGUCGUGAGGCACGUGGAUUCCACUUCAAUGCCAGUGGCCAGGAUGUCAAUGUGGAGCUGGAGUUCAUUGUACCCUUUGUCAGAGUGCCGGUGAAACGGAGCAUAAAACUGGCUCGUGAAGCUGUGCAGAGUGUGUUGAAUCUACAGAAGGGAGCACUGCUCAACACGGCUGUGAUUGUGGUUGCAGGUGCCAUCAUAGCGGGCAUAGUGCGUCUUGUGUUGGCUCCCAUUGUGUUCACCUCGUUGGCGAAUAAUUAUGCCGGCUACGUUGCCAAGGAAUACGAAGAAUCGACAAAAAAGCAUUUAACGCAGGUGCUGGAAUCCCAACUGGACGAGCACAACAUCGAUGUCUCUGUUUGCGCGCAACGCGCCAUUUGCCAGUACUUGCAACACAAUGCGGCACAAGCGCAUCGCUUGGAUACUGGUUUCUCUCUCUCAAACGCCGCCAGGUUGCUUCAUCUCAUGGCUAACUCUCCAUGGACUGAUUCUUUACUCAAUGGCACCGCAGUGUUCAGCGCCAUUGAUGUGGCACGCAGCAGUCGCAACUGCAACCAAGUCUAUCGCAGCUGCAGCUGGCCGCAGCUGCAAGGCAACAUCUUGCAGAGAUCCUGGCCAAAUGUCUUGCAGUAUUUCAACGGACGCUUGUUUCUUUAAUU